ACCCCAGCCCCACCACACCACAUCAAACCCAACCACACUACACAACAUCACAGCAAGCAACACCACACAACAUAACACAUCACACCCAGUCACCACCCUAGCCACACCACACAUAACUCCACACCCUGCCACACAACACACAUCACACCCAGUCACUCCAUACCUCACGCCACACCCAACCACAUCAUACAUCUCACCACACCCACAUCACACCAUACCAUACAUCAUACCCAGUCACACUACACUUCACACCAUACUCAGCCACACCUCACCAUACAUCAUACUCACGCACAACAUAUCUCACACCACACCCAGCCACACCAUACCACACAUCACACCCAGCCACACCAUCUCCCACAUCACACCCAGCCACACUUUAUCACACAUCACACCUAGCUACACCACACCACACAUCACACCCAGCCACACCACACCUCCCACUGCACCCAGCCACACCACACCACAUAGCACUUCCAGCCACACCACAUCGCACCACACACCUGACCCAGCUACACAACACUUUACACCACACCCAGCAACAUUACAAACCAUGCUACCCAGCCACAUCACAUCACACAUCACACCCAGCCACACCAAACCACACACCACCUAGCCACAGCAUAUAAUAUAACACCCAUCCACGCCAUGCCACACUGCUCUUCAUUAGCUACACUGGGUCAGUUUAAACUACAGUACGAUUCACACUACGACCAGAUUCAGAAAGGCCUUUUUUUUUAUCUUGCUUAGCAUGAACUGGACAUCCAGACCUCAUAAUGGACAGCUUGUCCUUAAAAGGUAACCGAAUGUUGAGCUCUGAGUAGCCUAGCACAGAUACAGUGCUGAGAUGAGAGUGGAGACGCACACGAAUGUAUUACAGGAAUCAGACUCGCCAGGUACAGCGCGUGUUGUUGGAGACGUCUUCUGUGAUAUCGUCUAGUACAAUGGUUCCCAACCUUUUUCCUGUCGUUUCCCCUUUCAACCAGUUCAUCAUCCGGAUUUCACCCUGCAUGCGGUCAAGGAAAAGAAGUAAACAAAACACGAAAAUCAUUUCCUUAAUAACACAAAUAAUUUAAUAAACAAUUAGUAGCCAAACACAAAGUUUACUUGCCUAAUAACACAAACCAAUGAACAAUAGCUCUUACGCCCCAUUACAGCCGGGAACUCCUUCCAAGGGGGUGGCCAUGCCAUAAGAGUCAAGUUUUCCCUCUCAAAACACACAUUUCUGGCAUUUUUAAAUCCUCGCAUCCCUCUUCACCUUUCUUUUAUGUAAUUUUCAACUCAGUCGAAUAAUUGCAACCAAUUGAUAUUUCUCUCAGGUUGAAUUUCCCCGCUGGAAUUUAUCUCAUUAACUUACAGAAUAAUAAUGCACAUUUCCACAAAAAAAUAUCGAUAUUAAAUUAUCUUUUUAAACAUCUUCCCACAAGAGCUCACACAAAAACUUACCUCUCCCAAAAAUAUGUGGAAUUUUUUCAUAAAUUGGCAGCACUGUUCCAACAGUGCAGCCAAGUACGUUAUACGUUAAUAGAAGACCCACCCUUC